CUCCUCGUCUCCAUCUCACCUCGUCUCGUCUCCUCUCUCUCACCCCCUCCUCCUCUCUCGCCGUACGGCAUAAAAUCCACCACUGCCCCUCGGCACCCUCGCUUCCCCCUUCCUCCGCACGCGCACCAGCGCACGCACAGGCCCCGCCUCCUGCCGCCCCUCGCCGUUCUUGUCGACCAAGGACGACGACGACGACGACGCUCCGUCGCUGGCCGACUCUAUCGACUCUCCACCACCACACUACGACAACUCGUCGCUCGACUCUCGCUCUUUCCCUCUUUACUUUACUACUAGCUCUUGCGCGCGCCGGUCGUGUGCUUCCCAAACUCUAGCAACCUACCUACACGACACGACACAACGACUCUACUCACUCACGCACUGGCUGGUCUGUGCCCCUUUUCUGCCCAUCACAACGCACGCCACCAUCGCACCUAUCGUACCCAUCCUCCUCUUCCUCCUCCUCCUCCGCCGCAUCACCAUCACCCGCCAUGUGCUUCACCGAGUCGCGCUGGAAGUCCGAGGUCGUCCAGGACUUCAAGUUCGACUAUGUCGACGUCAAAGACUUUCACCGGACAGACUUUGGCACGCGCUUCAAGUACAUGUUUGUCUACCUGUUCAUCCUGCGUGAUAUCGUCAUCUACGGCCUGGACAUCUUCACCCUAGCGACCAUGCUGUCGACGUCCAACUGGACCAACAAGGUCUACCGGGACGGCGCGGGCAGGACGGGCACGAGUAUCUUUCACGUCAACAUCGAGUUCAACGUGGCCAAGUACGUCUUCCUUGGCUGUAUCAUCUUCUCCUUCUUGCUUCUCGCGUACGAAGUCUACAAGGCCAAGCAGGUUGUCAGGUCGCGCGACAUCUCGUACGCCUUCACCAAUGUCAUGGCCAACGACUACUACUCUAUCAAGGACUAUAACAACUUUUGCCUGUUCUGCGCCAUUAGUGACUCGACCAAGCUGCACGACAAGAUUGCCUUCUUCGUCUUCUUCUCAUUCAAGACCUGGAAACGCACUCUGCUCGCCGACGGCCCCCGUCAGGCCAUCAACGCCAUCAUCCUUUCGGCCCUGUUCCAGUACGUCGCCACUUACAACCCGAACAACCUGGACCCACCACCAGGCUUCCACUGGAGCAAUGUGCCCAUUCUCUGGGGACAGGACCCGGGCAGCAGCAACCCCAAGACGGACAUCCCCACGGCCAUGCUGUUCUGGUCCAUGACCAUUACCGUUGUUCUCUUCCUCAUUUCGUUGUUCAGCCUUAUUUUGGCCGCUCUUCUCUAUCUCCCUCUUCUCUGCAACAUCCAGGGCAACCUCAAGGAAUACGUCUGCCACAAGGUCGACAAGCGUCUUGGCCAGAUCAUGAAGCGCAUCCAAAAGACGCGUAUCAAGCGCAACAUGUCGCUUGAGCGCAAGAUUGCUUUGGGUGGGCAGAUCACAAACUCCAAGGGCGAGACGGUCGACGCCAGCCACCUCCAGCCCACACUCCCUUCCAUCUCUCUCGAGCCUCUUCAGGACGACAAGUACACUGCGGGCAACUAUGGUGGCCGCCGUUCCCCCGACCCCUACAACAACGGCCGCCGCUCUCCAGGACCAGACGAUGCCUAUAGCAGCGACACUCACAGCCUCAAGAGCAGCAUGUACCACGGCAUGACGCCUUCCGUCAAGGCCGACUAUGCGCUCUACUCGGGUGGCUUCUCGCACGAUGAACACUCGUACCCACCAACACCUGGCUACGACGAGGCAUACGCUGCGAGCCAGACGAGCCUGUUGGCAAACGCUGCCGCGCCUGGUCGCGCAGGCACCCCUUCGGCAAGCCAUGUCAGCAUCCCGAUGCACGCUGCCCCAAGUGGCGCUCCCGACUAUCCGCCAGCACCACCAACGGCCUACGGCGCACCCUCGUACCCUCCAAAUGUGUCGCAGCCGCCACCACGACAGGCUCAGCGCAACUCGCCGCCCUCAUAUACUCAAGGAGGGCAGUCGGCGCCACGACUCGUUUCGCCUCCUCCACAGGCAGCGCGCUCGCCCCCUCCGUCUAUCCGCUCGCCACCUCCGCCUAUGCGUUCGCCUCCUGCACAGGGACAGUUCAAUGUCGCACAGUACAGCUACGACGCGGUUAGACAAGGCGGUGGACAGGCCCACUACGACUACACUGUGGCCUCGGCGUCGCUGCCCGGCGGCGCUGUUUACCAGGUCGAGCAGGUCAAUGCGUUCCAGCAGCAGGCUCGGGCGCCGCAGCAGGCACGACCUGGUCCGACUCCUCAGCAGCAACAGCAGCGUUACAACUACCAGCCGCAGCAGUUUGACAGCGGUCACGGGUGGUAGUAGAUGGGGCGCUGUGUGAGGUGCUGUUGGGGUUGGGUUGGGAUCGGGCCGACAGUGUGUAAUAGACGGAGUAGCGGUGAUGCCGCUGCUUGUUUGCAUGUAUUUUUCUACACCAA